GUGCACCCGAUAGUGUUGCACCCAAAGCACCCAGUAACAAAACUUCUUGUCCAGCAGUAUGACAAUAAGUUGUGUCAUUCUGGACCAGAAAGGGUCUUCGCUGAGAUCCGACGGCGGUUCUGGAUCCUCAGAGGCAGGGAAGCAGUACGCCGUCAUCAACACCAGUGUCCUCAGUGUCAAAAAUGGAGAGCUAAGCCAAAGGUACCAAAAAUGGCAGAUCUGCCCCCAUCACGGCUCCGCCUUCUGAGACCUGCGUUUUACUCUACUGGUGUAGAUUGUUUUGGGCCAUUUCUGGUAAAGCGUGGACGAAGCAAUGAGAAGAGAUGGGGUGUGAUAUUCAAGUGCUUGACGACCCGCUGUGUACAUUUGGACCUUCUCUACUCCAUGGAUAGUGAUUCAUUCCUGAUGGCUCUCAGGCGCUUCGUAGUCAGGCGUGGCACUCCUUUUGAAAUUUUGUCAGAUCAAGGGACAAAUUUCCGUGGCGGAGACAGAGAGCUACAGGAGAGCUUCGCUGCCAUGAGCCCAACUCUGCAGAUGGAGUUAGCCAAGCAUAAGAUCCAGUUCCGCUACAACCCCCCCAACUCACCACAUUUCGGUGGAGCCUGGGAACGUGAGGUGCGUUCAGUUAAAACUGCUCUCAAAGUCACAGUUGGUUCCCAAACACUCACCGAAGAAGUACUGAGGACUGUGCUGAUCGAAGUAGAGGGCAUCUUGAACGCCAAGCCGCUGGGCUAUGUUUCCUCAGAUGUCGCCGACCCGGACCCCGUCACCCCAAACUACCUUCUGAUGGGGCGGCCGGACGCCUCAUUACCUCAAGUCAUCUACCCAGCGUCUGAAGUACUAAGCAGACGGAGAUGGAGGCAUAGCCAGGUAUUUGCAGAUCAGUUUUGGAGUCACUUCAUCAAGAGGUAUCUCCCUACGUUGCAGCCCCGCCAGAAGUGGCAGGGUGACAUUGAGAACAUAACACCUGGCACUGUGGUCAUGAUCGUUGAUCAUCACCUACCAAGAGCCCUUUGGCCAGUCGGCAAGGUGAAGGAUGUCCACAUCAGUGCGGAUGGCCGUAUUCGAUCGGCUAACAUUCAGGUGAAGGAUAAAGUGUACCAGAGAUCAGUCGCCCAUCUCAUUAAAUUACCAGCCAUCCCAGAAGAUCAUUAAGCUGUACCCCACCAAGAUGUAGUGUCUCUUUAAGUAGUACAUUCUCACAGUGAAUGUAGGGGCGGCUGUUCAAGAGACUCUGAGGUGCGGACUUGAGAUCAUGCAGCGAUCAUGAGCAUAUCAGCCCCUCCCCUCCCCUCCUUCUCAGCUGCUCGUUGAGUGGCAGCAGCCAAUCAGAGCUGACUAGUCCUGCAGCAGAAAAAACAGUGUAAAGGCCCAGGAGGAGAAGAAAAGCGUUUUGGAGCAGAUAAGAGUUUAGUUAAUAGUACCAGUUAUGAAUCAGUUUAUUUUCCGUGGACUUUCUGUGUGCGUGAAUGUAAAAAAACCACACACAUUCGCCUAAUAAAUGGUAAAGGAAG